AAAAAAAAAAGAUAACAAGAUAAAAUUUUUUUCUCUCUGUUUCUCUCUUUUUACUUUAUGAAAUAUUUAGAAACAUUAUUUAGAAUAAAAAUACCCGUAACUCAAGACCCACGGUUACUGCCUGCAUGGCGUAAGCGAUUGUUGUUAAGCCUUGUGUGUUUUAUUGCCAUUAUUCCUGGCUUUUGCUCUACCAUCUAUUUACCAGCAUUAGAAGCCGUUACAGUAGAACUAGACAGUCCAAGUAUUAUGGUCACUCUUAGUAACUCAGUGUACAUGCUAUUUAUGGGGAUUGCUCCCAUAUUUUAUAGUAGCAUCAGUGAUCAUUGGAAGAUACGUCGAUCUGUUUAUUUUUUUUCAAUUGUGAUCUAUACUGUGGGUUCACUUGCAGCUGUGUUUGCCAAUGACAUCUAUGUGUUACUCGGUAUGCGAAUACUACAAGCUACAGGUAUUUCUUCGGCUUGGGCUAUUGGUGCAGGAUCAGUAGCAGAUGUAUACGAGGUUCAUGAAAGAGGCAAUGCAUUGGGUAUUUAUUUUACAGGGCAGUUCGCAGGACCUUUGUUUGGACCGAUCAUUGGAGGAUAUUUAGUUGAAAGAUGGGGAUGGCGAUCUGUGUUUUGGCUAUUGUUUGUCUUUGGAUGUUUGAUUUUGCUCUUGAUCUUUUUUGCAAUGGAAGAAACAUAUAGAGAAGAAAGCGUAUGGGGAAAAGAAGAAUACACUGAAAAGAAGGGUGAGACGAUACCUGCAACGUUAGACGAACAGUUAACAGUCGUUGAAUCAAAAACAAUGAACCCACUCGCAUCACUUGCCUUACUGAGACAUCCUUUUGUCUUGAUCUUUUCCAUGGCUACUGGAUUUGCAUUUGGAGGCAUGUUUGCCAUCGAGAAUAUGCUUCCACCCUUAUACACAUCUGUAUAUGGUUUAAGCUCUGGAUUGAUUGGCUUAACAUUUAUAUCACCGGGGCUUGGUGAAGUGAUUGGAUCCCUGUUUUCUGGUAAAUUAUCUGAUUUCUUUCUGAACCGUGCGCGAGCCAAACGAGGGGGUAUAGCCGUACCAGAAGAUCGAUUGGCACCUAACGUAUGGCCAGCAGCCUUUAUAUUAAACCCACUUUCAUUCUUUUUAUGGGGAUGGCCGGUUCAGUUUGGUUGGAGUGUAUGGGUAUCAAUUAUAAUGUUUGGUGUCCAAUGCUUUGCUAUGGUUCAAAUCUUUAACCCGGCCAUGUCGUACCUGGUAGAUGCAGUAUCUGAUCGUGGUGCCAGUGUAACAGCUGCUGCUAAUUUAGUGCGAAUGAUAUGGUCUUGUGUACUUAGUUUAAUAGCCAACCCCAUGACGGCCGCGGUUGGCCCAGGAUGGGUUACCUUUUUCUUUGGUAUGCUUAAUUUUGUGUGGGCAUUUUUAUUACUGCUCAUGAAAAUCAAGGGGUCCAAAAUUCGCGCAUUCUCAGGCUAUUAAUACACAUUUCAGCACGUGGAAAAAGCAUAACACAAAGUUUCAUCCAUUAGCUAUUUUAAUUCAUUUUCCCUUUUUUAUAUCAUUUUACCCCUCUUCUUCUUAAUACUCGUAAAUAAAUGGACAUCAACUAAUAUUCAUACACUGUCUAGAUUCGAACUCGGGAACAAUUUUAGCUUUACCUAAUAAAACAAGCUUACUUUAUAUGUUACACAGCAUAUCAAUUUCGGAAAUGACUGUGGAGUUUAAUUCUGUUGCACUUCAGCGUGAAAAAUAGAACCUAUUG